UUUCGUUUUAAUAAAAAUGCAAAUGAAGAGCUCCCAAAACACACUCACCACAGUCACAGAAUAUGGAUAUGGCCGUGGUUAUGACUCAUAAGUCGUUGGCAGUCUUUGAUUGGUAUCUUGUUUCGUCUUCCUGACUUUAUUGCCCAAGUCAAUCAGUCUUCGCCUGUGAAAUUUUUUUUCUUCCUUGAGAGAUAGAAAGCUUCUGUAAAUUAAGCCAGAAUGAAGUAGCUGGGGUUUUAAGCACAACAAUUGUUGAGUGAGAAGGAAUAUUACCCUCCUAGCGUGGUAGAAUUCCCGCAGAGAAAGGAAUGAAAAUGCAGAGCGCCCAAAUCACACUCAGCACUAUAUAUAUAUAUGCUUAUGACCGUGGACACAAAUCAUUGGAAUUGGAAGACUUUGAUUGAUAUUUUCUUUAGUGUUCUUAACGACAUUCGUUGACCAAUCAUAGUCUGCGCUUGAGUAGCUGAUGCAGUUUAAAGCUCAACAAUUCAUUAGUGAGAAGGAAUACUACCCACGUAGCAUGGUAGUGUAAGAAGAAAAAGAAAGAAAAGGUGAGUUGAAUUGUUUAUGGUAAAAGCAAAGUGAACAUAGAUUAGUUUAUUUAAUCUCUGCAUUCUACAACUACUCUUGUUCUAUUUAUUGGCAUGGAUUGCUUGAGCUGUGCGGGUCCAUUAUUAGACAUAGGUAUUCGCUUGUGGGAUUGCUCGGCCAAGAGUAUGGCUUACUUUCAUGAACUUGAAGAGAAUAUGGUAUCCUUGAGUGAUGCCAUGAAUGAUCUCAGGAACCUAAACCAAGAUGUAAAGAGAAGAGUUGAAUUUUCUCAGAGGCAAAACUUGCAGUGUACAAACCAAGUGAAGGGCUGGUUGGAAAAUGUGGAAAUUAUGGAAGAAGAAGUGAAUCUAAUUCUGCUGAAAGCUCGUGAAGAACUCCAAACCCGGAACAACAAAUGUCUUGGUGGUUUCUUCAAGGGUGGCUGUUUUAGCCACAAGCUUGGAAAGUUGGUAGCUAGAAGGCUAGAUACUGUGAAAAGGCUACUGAACAAUGGACAAUUUGAUGCUGUUUCUGACAAGUUGCCGUGCCCUCCGGUGGAUGAGAUGCCUAUAGAGAGAACAGUGGGCUUGGACUUGACCUUGCGGGAGGUUUGGAGUAGCAUCCAGAACAGAAGUGUGGGAAUUAUUGGCUUGUAUGGCAUGGGCGGCGUUGGAAAGACGACCCUUUUGAAAAGGAUCAACAAUGAGUUGUUUGGUACGAGAAAUUAUUUUGAUGUAGUCAUUUGGGUUGUAGUAUCCAAAGAAGCAAGUAUAACAAGAAUUCAGGAUGUUUUUCGUUACAAAUUACAGAUUCCGGAUGAGAUAUGGAAUGCCAAUAAAGCAGAAGACAGAUCCAUAGAAAUAUACCAGACUUUAAGAGGGAAAAAAUUUGUUCUUUUGCUAGAUGAUGUUUGGAAAAGGUUUGAUCUUUUAAAAUUUGGUAUUCCUAUUCCAAACGAUGAUAAUGGGUCCAAAGUAAUAUUUACGACACGUUCCAAGGAAGUGUGUGGUCACAUGGAGGCUGAUAGGUGCAUUAGAGUUGAUUGCUUAACACAAGAGAAAGCUUUGGAUUUAUUUUUGGAGAAGGUGGGAAAAGAAGCUCUGAAUUCUCAUCCAGAUAUACCACAUCUUGCCAAAGUUUUUGCUCAAGAGUGCCAAGGCUUGCCACUUGCUUUGAUUACCAUUGGGCGUUCCAUGGCUAGCAGGAAAAAACUAGAGGCUUGGAAACGUGGGAUUGAGUUGCUACAGAGCUCCCUAUCACAUUUUUCAGGGGUUGCUGAUUAUGUUUAUCAUCUUCUCAAAUUUAGCUACGAUAGCCUGCCUAGUACUACUCUCCAGUCUUGCUUUCUAUAUUGUUCCUUGUUUCCAAAGGGCUCUAGUAUUGUAAAGAACAGGCUUAUUGAUAUGUGGAUUGGGGAGGGUUUUUUUGAUGAGUUUGAUGACAUACAUGAUGAACGAAGACAAGCAGAAGAAGCCAUUGAAACUUUGAAGCUAGCAUGCUUGUUGGAAGAGGGUGAUACAGAACAAUCUGUGAAGAUGCACGAUGUGAUCCGUGAUAUGGCCUUGUGGUUAGCUUGCGAUCGCGGUCAAAAGAAGAACAAGUUUCUGGUUAGAGAAAAUGCAAGGCCAGACAAAUUUGCAAAAUGGAAAGAUGCAGAAAGAAUAUCAUUAUGGAGUCAUGAAAUUAAAGAUGUUGCUGGAUUAGUGUUUUGUCCCAAGCUUAUUACAUUGCUUAUAACUAGUACCUUGAUUGAAACUUUUCCAAGUGAAUUGUAUGAAGCCAUCCAUGCCUUGCGAGUACUUGACUUGUCAGGUAAUCAAAGUUUAGAUUUGCUACCUGAGGGAAUUGCUAGCUUAAAAAAUUUGCAAUAUCUUAAUUUGUCUAGAACUGCUUUGAGGACUUUGCCUGUUGAUAUUAAGAAUCUCAAGGAAUUGAGGUGCUUCUUACUAAAUGAUACUUAUAGUCUAAUUGAUAUUCCAAGGGAAGUUAUAUCAAGUCUUUCAUAUUUGCAAGUGUUUAGUAAAUUACAGAGCCCAGGUCAAAUGCAUUAUUGUCCACUGUAUGAUGAAAUAGUCUUAUUGGAGGAGUUAGAGCGCUUGGAACACAUGGAUGACAUAUGCAUAACCAUAUUUGAUACCCUUUCUGUACAAAAACUAUUGAGCAGUAGUAAGCUACAAAGGUGUAUAAGAAACCUUACAAUUAUGUGGUCUUUCACUUCACUCGACUUUUCAACUUCGUCACUGAGCAGAAUGAAACAUCUGGAGGUUCUUCAGAUAUGGAAUGCUGAUACUCUCAGAAUUUAUCCGGAAAAGCAAAGGAUUCAAGAAUCUCUAUGCAUUGAAAGACUGUGCAACCUUCGUGUUUUGGUGGUUGUUCAGUGUGAAAUGCCUGAUAUGAAUUGGCUGGUUUAUGCUCCAUUCCUUGAGUUUCUUAGAGUUAAAGACUGUUCGUCAAUUAAACAACUUUUGAAUGAAGAUUUUGGUGAUGAAAGUGCAUUCUCAUGUCUCACGAUGCUACAUUUGCAAGACCUUCCGGAGCUGAAGAGCAUCAUACGUCCACAGCAAGCCUUGGCCUUUCCUGUUCUGAAGGAGAUCGAAGUGUUGAAUUGCUCAAGUCUAAUGAAGCUCCCUUUUGAUUCCAACAGUGCAAAAGAAAGUUUGAUUAAAAUUAAAGGACAGAGAGAAUGGUGGGAAAAGCUGGUUUGGGAUGACAAUCACGUUGAGAGUUUCUUCAGUUCAAAAUUUGUCUCAUUGGAUGAAAUUGUCACCGGAAAUGAAGACUCUCUCCCAACUCUCUCUCUUCCUUCAGAUAUGUUUACACUGUCGUCCCUAUCUCCCCAAAAGUCAUAUUUUUUAAAUUUGUAGAGUUCCCGAGUUAGAAUUCAUGUAAGAUAUCUUCAAAAAGUAUUGAAUUGAUUAACUUUUUUUCUUUCUUUUUCUUUUUGGCUUGGAAGAACUGGAUUUGGCCGACUUAAGUCACUUCAACAUGUUAAAACAACAUUUUCCCUUUUGUCCCUACAAAUCCAGCUUUUUCCAGCAAUAUUUUCUCUUGCCCCAACUGAUAAGCUCCGAGUAUUCACAUGUA